AUGGCGGCAGAUACCGCGGUGGCCGCGAGCCCCGAGGAGACCUUGGAGUCGCUGCUGCGGGAAGUCGAAGCUCUCAAACAGAAGCUGGAAGAGGAGAGACAAAAACUCAACGACGUUACACUUUCCUGUGUUGCUGAGAGGUUAGAGGCCAUCAGUUUCCCUAAUCUGAAGCUACGUCGUGUGCUCAAGGGUCAUCAGGCUAAGGUUCUGUGCUCUGAUUGGUCUCCGGAUAAACGUCACAUAGUAUCCUCCUCACAGGAUGGAAAGGUGAUAAUUUGGGAUGCAUUUACUGCCACAAAGGAGCACACAAUUUCUAUGCCAAGCACUUGGGUCAUGGCUUGUGCGUAUGCUCCCUCGGGAAACAUGGUCGCUGCCGGGGGUCUGGACAACAAGGUGACAGUUUUCCCGCUGGGCGGCAGCGGCGACGAGGAGCCGGCCGCGCGCAAGCGCACCGUGGCGACGCACACCUCGUACAUGUCGGCCUGCCUGUUCCCCAACACCGACCGGCAGAUCCUCACGGGCGGCGGCGACGGCACGUGCGCGCUGUGGGACGUGGAGUCGGGCCAGCUGCUGCAGAGCUUCCAGGCGCACGCGGCCGACGUGAUGGCGCUGGACCUGGCGCCCAGCGACAUGGGCGACACGUUCGUGUCGGGCGGCUGCGACCGAGCCGUGCUCGUGUGGGACAUGCGCUCCGGGCACGCCGUGCAGUCCUUCGACACGCACCUGUCCGACGUGAACAGCGUGCGCUACCACCCGUCCGGCGACUCGCUGGCGUCCGGCUCCGACGACUCGUGCUGCCGCCUGUUCGACCUGCGCGCCGACCGCGAAGUGGCGCGCUACAACAAGGAGAGCGUAAUCUUCGGCGUGAACUCGGUGGACUGGUCGGUGAGCGGGCGCCUGCUGUUCGCGGGCUACAGCGACUACACGGCGUGCGCGUGGGACGCGCUGCGCGCGGUGCGCAUGUGCGUGCUGUGCGGGCAUGAGCACCGCGUGGCGCGCGUGCAGCUGGCGCCCGACGGCACGGCGCUGGCCACGGCCAGCUGGGACACCACGCUGCGCGUGUGGGCCUGA